AUAUGUAGGAAACCGCAAAGUUACCUGAGACUGGUAUUUGUAGUUUUUACAUCGCAACUAGCGUCGUCCGCUGCGAUGUAAACUGUCACUUUAAAGCACUACAACUCCCUUGUUCUGUGACGUAACAACAUGGCCGCCUCCUCUGUAGCAGUAAGUGAGCUGCUGCAUAAGAUGAAUAAAAGAAUAUCGAUAUUGUAUCCAAAGGCUUCGUGUAUCAUUAGAAGUAUAAGCACACCGAGUUCGCGAUGCGAGAGUCAACUGAAGCUGAGGACAAAAAGCGGUUCCCAGCACCUGGUGGGCGUGGUGGGUUUGGAAGUGCACGCCCAGAUUAACUCUAACACCAAGCUGUUCUCCGGCUCGCCGGUUGGUUUCUCGGCACCCCCCAACUCCCUGGUGUCUCCCUUUGAUGCAUCCUUACCAGGCACAUUACCCGUCCUGAACAAGCGAUGUGUCGAGGCAGCGGUGAUGACGGGAUUGGCUCUUAACUGCACCAUAAACAAGAAAUCCCUUUUUGACAGGAAACACUACUUCUACGCCGACCUCCCCGCCGGAUACCAGAUAACGCAGCUCCGGCGGCCCAUCGCGGUGGACGGCGUGCUCGCUUACAGCCUCCUCGGGGGGAAAAACGGGAGCCGGGUCGUCAAGAAAACCGUCAGCAUCAAGCAGAUUCAGCUGGAGCAGGACAGCGGCAAGAGUCUCCACGAUGACGUGCGCUGCCAGACGCUCAUUGACCUCAACAGAGCAGGUGUAGGCCUCAUGGAGCUGGUGAUGGAGCCAGACAUGAGCUGCGGCGAGGAGGCCGCCGCCGCUGUCAGGGAGCUUCAGCUCAUCCUGCAGGCCCUGGGCACCUGCCUGGGGAACAUGUCCGAGGGACAGCUGAGAGUGGACGCCAAUGUGUCCGUCCACCAACCGGGGGAGCCUCUGGGCGUCAGGACGGAGGUGAAGAACAUCAACAGCGUCCGGUACCUGGCCAGGGCCAUCGACUACGAGAUCCGGAGACAGGUGGAAGUCCUGCAGAGAGGGGGCACGGUGCAAAACGAGACCCGGGCGUACGAUUCAAAGUCCGGGGAGACCAUUCCUAAGAGGGACAAAGAGGGUCUUCAGGACUACAGGUUCAUGCCAGAGCCCAACCUGCCCCCAUUGGUGGUGUACGAGGAUAAGGCGUCGCUGCCCGCUGGCGUUGAUGCGCGGAGGGUUGUGCUGGUGCAGGAGACGAGGGCGGCGCUGCCGGAGCUCCCCGGCGUCAAAAGAGAGCGGCUGGUGCAGACGCACGGCAUCCUGCCCGAGCACAGCUUCACCCUGGUGAACGAGGACGGGCUCACCGAGUACUUUGAGGCGGUGCUGAAGGGGACCACGAAGGAGCCGAGGAAGGUGAUUGGCUGGGUGACCAACGAGCUGGUGGGUCACCUCAAACAGCAAGACAUGAGCGUGAGCCAGAGUCCCAUCGCUCCGUCUGCUCUGGCCGAGCUGCUGGAGCUCCAGGAAACUGGACACAUCUCCUCUCCGGUUGCCAAGCAGGUGUUCCAGGAGAUGUGGAGGUCACCGGGCAAGACGCCCGCGCAGAUCAUCCAAGAGGGGGACUUGGGUCUUGUCAGUGACGCCACACAGCUGCACAACAUCUGCCAGAAGGUGGUGGACUCGCACCCGGAUGAGGUUCGCGCCAUCAGAAACGGGAACAAGAAGGUUCUGAACAAGCUGAUGGGCCUGGUUCAGAAGGAGACCAAAGGCCGAGCCGACCCGGUUCUGGUGAGGGCAAUUUUACAGAAGAAGACUUUGUGAUGGGCCUUUGUGACACACACACAGCAGAGGCCAAAGAAGAGCGAUUAAUGCAGAGUAAUCGUGUCCCUGUCAUACAGCGAUGGUACCGGGUGGGUUGAUGAACUAUUGGACAUUUUUGUAAAUAGUGAAGAGCAACAACCACUGACUUCUGUAUUUAUGUGUUUUUUUUAAAGUAAUAAAGCUUUUGUGGUUAAGGCUCAACAGCUCAUAAGUUUGAUUAAGAAAAAAAUGAUCGCAUCCUGAAAAAUGAAGCCCUUCAUUAAAUGUUUAAUGGAAAUGGUUCGGUUAGGAAAUAAAGAGGAAUGUGAUAUCAACCAAAAAAUGAUCCAAACAGUCCUGCGUAUAAUUAUUAGUAUUUAAUUAAAACUCUGUGCUUUGGGCAACUGCCAUGUGGUCAAUUAUGGUCAUUUGUGAGGCCUGGAAAUAACACACGAUUAAGAGAAAACCUGAGACGGCUCAGACCUCCAGACAUUAGAGCAAUUAGUGAGCGCCCUCUAGUGGCUGAAGCACCUAACUUGCCUUUUAAUUAUACUUAACAUAACGGUGCAUUACCUCUGGAUUCUCUCUGGUAUUGUCAUGUUAUUGAAAUGCUUGAAUGUUCUUUCCCUUAAUCUGUAUGUUGCUUCUCAUUAAUGAUCAGUACACACAAUAAUAACCUCAACAUUGAUCCCUGUAGUUUAUUUAAAUGUUGCGAUUCAAAGUAAGUCUUGGAAACAUAAACAUAAUGGCUAGUUGUGGUUCCCAGAUGGAAGUUUAAGUCUGAGAGCCGGUGGCCGCCUCCAGGGCCUCGUACAUCCAUUUCCUGCAGUUUCUCACAGGGAAAUACUUUCAUUCUACUCUAACACUU